AUGUCCGACAUCAUCGACGCCAUCAGAGACGCCGUCAACCCGAGCCGGCGGGAGGAAGCGACGGCACCGACCUACGACCCGCACAAGCGCGGACCCUACCCGGACCAAGCACCGCCGCCAGCCUCGGGCGAGCCUGGCGACGACGCGCGCAGCAAGCGCGAAGCGAAGGCGCAGGCCAAGGCCGUGGAGCAAGCUGCUGCAGCUGACGACAUUACCACGGGCACUACCACGGGCACUACCACAAGCACUACGGAUACCGCUGCAGCGGCGGACCCCUCACCCAAGGCGGCCAGCGGCACGGGCUUCGAUGCCCCGGAGGGCACAUAUGGUCCGCACAGCUCGCGCCUUGCCAACGCGCUCGAUCCCCGCGUCGACUCGGACCGCGACGGCCAUCCGCACCACGGGCGCAGCGAACUGGGCAGCGCAGCGACGAAGCCGGCACAUAUUGGUACAUCAACAGGCGGAAUGAGUAUGGUGUGA